AUGGAGGCACUUCGCCCCAAUCAGUUCGCCCGCAACCCGAAUGUCGAGGCAUUCAUCCGUUGCCAGACCCCAGGCCAUGAAGAGCUCCUUCAAUGGUGGGAGACAGACAUGAAGACUCAAGUGUCUGACUUCAAUUUCGUCAUAUCCAUUCCCGCAGAAAAGUUCGCAGAGUGGGACUCGGUCAUCCGAAAGUACACCUGUGCGAUCGAAAACUUCGAGUACCCCGAUCCUAUGUUUCUCCGAGACAACAAGAUGCCUCGUGUGUUCCUUGCCCCAAAGGCCUUCUGGGAUCGCUCCUGCAACUACAUCAAGGUUCCUGGAGAUAUCCCUAUCAUGGUCACCGAGAAACAAGUCGAGGAGGGUGAAAACGGCAAUAGCAGCGGCACCGCCGGCACACAAUACGCCACCAGCUUUGAUAUCAAUGCAUUCAAUGCUGAUGCAACUGCUGAUUACCUAGCUGCCCGCUCCGCCCAUCAAGCUGCUGGCUCUGCUGGUUCAUUCAACACCUUCAAUCCCAACAGCUCCCCAAGCGCCAACAACCGUGCAGCUGCGGCUCGCAGAUCAGCAAGAGCUGUGAUCCCCCGUCCACCAAACUGCUUCAUCAUCUUCAGAAAGCAUUUGCACGCUGCUGUCGUUCGUGACAACCCCGGAAUUGGCAACAACCAAGUUUCAGCGAUUGUCUCUCGCAUGUGGGCGGCAGCUCCUGCAGGAAUUAUCCACCGAUACAAGAAGUUGGCAGAGGAGGCCAAGAUCUCGCACGCCCUGCGCUAUCCCAACUACUCUUACCAACCACGAAAAUCGUCGGAGAAGAAGCGUCGGAUGACCAAGAAGAAGAGAGAAGCCUUGGAUGCUGAGGCCGCCCGCCAGGCUAAUGCUGCUGCUAAUUUCGAGGCUGCGCACCUCAUCAUCCCAGCAAUCCCAGAAAUUCCAGCAAUCCCAGAAAUCCCAGGAGCCCUAGGAACCCAAGUAAUCCAAGCAACCCAAGCAACCCAAGGAACCCAAGGAACCCAAGGAAUUCAAGGCACCCAAGGAACCCCAAGCAACGCCCAGGCUCCAUCUGCCUCAGCUAGUCUCAAGUACAAGCGUAAGCUUAACAAGCAGAGAAGAGAUGCCGCCCUCCGGAUUGCUGCUGCUGCUGAUCGCGAUGCUGCUCAACUCACCGUCCCAUGGAUUGGAGCAAUGCCAACAAUGCUAGCAAUGCCAUCAAUGCCAGCAACUCCAAGCAUCGUCCAACCGUUCACUGCAACUCCAGUUGCCCCAACUCCAGUUGCCCCAACCCCACUUGCCCCAACCCCAGUUGCCCCAACCCCAGUUGCCCCAGUUCCUGCUGCGCCAGCUCCUGUUGUACCAGCUUUCGUUGCGCCAGCUCCUGUUGCGCCAGCUCCUGUUGCGCCAGCUCCUGUUGCGCCAGCUCCUGUUGCCCCAACUCCUGCUGCGCCAGCUCCUGUUGAUGCCACAUAUCCCCACAUGUCGGCCGGAGUGUUCAUCCCAAGCAUCAUCCAACCCCAGAACAUCGCCUCGGACAUGGUGUCUGGUGUCAACGUAUCCUUCGCCGAUGCUUCCAGUUCCAACUUCUCUAACUUAUUUAACAUCGACAACAAUGAUCACUCAUCAUCCGUUCAGACCGACACUGCCACGAUCAACAAUGCUUACGAGUAUCAUGAUGGAGACUUUGAUUUCAAUUGGGAUGAUUACUUGGUCGCAGACGACUUUGCCUGA